UAUUUGCAUGCCACUUUUCAACUAUCCCGUGGAGAUCUUUGACGGUCAAUGGACUUACGACUUCAUAAGACCUUCAAACGGCCUUUAAUCUGUAUCUCCGAUAUGAUGCUCCAGACAUCCAAUCUCCUACAAUGGAGGUCCCUAGGUAUAAGGAUAACUGAUACUGUCCUGAUUUCUCGCAUCACUUAACACCUAUCACCUACCGCCAAUCACAUCAACCAUGCCUCCCUUACCUUGCCCAACAAAGGAACACAUUCGUCAGGUAUUUUCUCACUUUGCGGAGGGCAACGCAGAGGCAUUCUACGCCCACGUCGCCGACGAUGUCGAUCUAACCCUUACGGGAUCACAUGCCCUAGCAGGUCGUUAUGACAAAGCGACAUUUAGAUCUCAAGCUCUGGCUCGGGUCAACUGCAUAUUUGACGGACCUGUCAAACUGCAUGUCAGGAGUAUCAUUGGCGGAGAAGUGGAAGAGUGGGCUGUGAUCGAGCUGACUGCGGAAGCGAGAUGUAAGAAUGGUCUUGUAUACGAUCAGACGUAUUCGUGGUCCACGCGGUGGAAAGACGGCAAGAUUGUCGAAGUCCGCACGUACAUGGACGGUCUGCUCUUGAACAAGGCUCUAGCAGAAAACGAGAACGAGUCUUAA